AUGAUCUUCAGUGAAAAUCCAUCAGAGAAGGAAGCAGCCGAUGAACGAGCUCAAGCCACUGUCAAAGAGGAGAGGGGAAACGUCAUGAACGACGACUCCUUGUCGCUGAUCACAGACAAUGUGCCACUUGUGGAGAUUGAGUUUCAGUCUUGGAUUACGCAAGCAUGA